AUGUUUCAUCCUUGUUUUAAAUCGAUCAUCUUCUUCAGUAUCAUAUUAUUAGUUGCUUCAUUAUUAUCAUUAUGUAUACUAUAUCCUAUCCUUUGGUUAUUAAUCACUAAAGAAACACGUUUCUAUCCAGGAUCAAUGAUAUAUAAUGAAUGGUUACAACCAUCUAUACCUAUUUAUAUACAAUUUUAUAUUUUUAAUUUAACAAAUCCAAUUGAAUUUCAAUCUGGUCAUAAACCUACUAUUCAACAAUUAGGACCAUAUACAUAUAUUGAAAAACGUUUAAAAUUUAAUAUUACACAAAUAAAUGAAUCAAUUACAUAUAAAGAAAUUAAAUGGUAUUAUUUUGAUUCAAAUUUAUCAAAUGGUACAGAAAAUGAUUUAAUUACAACUGUAAAUUUUGCUUAUGUCACUAUAGCAACUAAAUUUAAAGAGAUGCCAUGGUUACUAAGUCGAAUAAUGGAACAAAUUGAAAAAUAUUUUCAUGAAUAUUUAUUUAUUAAAAAACCGAUUAAACAAUUAUUAUGGGGUUAUAAUGAUGAAUUAUUAACAUUUAUAUCAAAUCAUUUUAUUAAUAUAACAACAAAUAUUGGUUUAUUCAUUAAUAAGAAUAAUACACCAAGUGAUGAUAUCACUAUGGAUACUGGUUUAUAUAAUUCUAAAAUGAUUGGAAAAAUUUUAAAAUAUCAUGGAAAUAAUCAAUUAACUUAUUGGAAAUCAUUUACAGCAAAUAUGAUUAAUGGUAGUGAUGGUUCAUUAUUUCAUACAUUUUUAAAUAAAAAUGAUCAACCUUAUAUAUUUGCAUCAGAUAUAUGUCGUUCUAUACAAUUUACUAUGGAUUCUAUAGUGAAAUUAAAUGAUUUACCAGUUUUAAAAUUUAUUCCUAUGUUAGAUACAUUUAAAUCAUCGAAAUAUUAUGAAAAAAAUAAAGGAUUUUGUUUAAAUUGGCCUAAUUGUUAUGAUGAUGGUGUAUUAGAUAUGUCAUCUUGUCAACCAGGUAUACCAAUUGCUGUAUCACAACCACAUUUUCUUAAUGCUAAUCAAUCUUAUCAGAAUGCUAUUGAUGGUAUUCAUCCAACAGAUGAAUUGAAUACAAUAAUUUAUAUAGAACCUUUAACUGGUUAUGUAAUAAAAGCGGAAAAAAAACUUCAACUUAAUUUAUUCAUAGAAAAUAAUAAAAAAUUUCAACAACUUGAAAAUAUUUCUACAAUUUUAUUACCAAUUAUGUUUAUGAAUGAAUCUAUUCAAUUAAAUCAUACAAUAAUUAAUCAAUUAUAUUAUAUAUUAAUACAAAAACCAUACAUAGCAACUAUUAUAUUGAUUAUAAUAAGUACAUUAUUCAUAGUGAUAAUAUGUUUUAUAAUUGCAAUAUACUGUUAUCAAACACAUAGAAAUUCUUCUGUCUAUACACGAUAUAUAAAUGAUGAGGAUAAUAAUAAUAAUAAUAAUAAUAAUCAAGAAUAUAUACAAACGAAUAGUACUUCUAUAGAGAAUAUACAAAAUAAACAAAAAGAUGACGACGAUGUCGAAGACGACGACGACGAAGAAGAAGAAGAAGAAGAAGUAGAAGUAGACGAACAAGAAGAAGAUAAACAACAGAUAACAAUACAGAAUAAUCAACAAAAUCUUCUAGUUUAAUUUUAUUACUUUUAUAAUAUUUUAAAUAGGAUAGAUUUCAUCUAAUUGAAUUAUUUUCAAUGUUAUCUAUUCUGAAGAAGUUCAGAUAAAUGUUCAUGGACGAAAUCAACAAAAAUUCAAUAAAUUGAUUAAUUCAUUGAUAUGAUAUUCUAUUUAAUAAAGAUCUUCAAUAUUAUUGAUAUGUUAUGAUUAUUAUUUGUUUUCUUUCAUUUAUAUUUGAUUAUUCUAUAUUCUUUUUAUAAUAUAGAUUCAUAUAAAGAAUUAUUGAAUGAAUAUAUAAACAAAUUAUAUUGCUC